AUGUCUCAGAUGGACGCGGCUGUCGUUAUUCCCGCCCUUCACAUGCCUUCGUCUAAUCAGCAACCAAUCGCGCAGCUCGAGACGGAGGCGAAGCCCACGGCAAGUUCCAGAUCGUCGCGGCGCGCAGCAAACUUCAGCCCUGGUGCCAUGGAACGCCAUCCGGAACAUCCCACGCCCUCAACUUUGAUUCUAGCGUCUCCACUCUCUGCACGCGCAACUCCAGCGACCAUGUACCCUGCGCAUGCGCAGCACUGUGGAUUUCUUGCACGCGAAGGGCCUCCUGAAUGCCGAAUGCCAGCGUCACUCGGCCUCACCCGCCAAUAA